AUGACCGCUCAACGGAACCAAAUCUACAGUGGAACAUGCAACUACGACAUGUUCAACAAUAAGUGCAGCACCUCGGCCACCCCCACGCUUGCCAAGACCCCUGUAGGCGUCUACGCGGUCGCCAUCUACCUGGACGCCAACGGCCAGAAACCACUGAGCAGGAUCGAGGUCGGAUCGGUAGACGCGAAAAUUGGCGGCGUUUCUAUGGGAGAUGCAAAGUUUCAUCUCGAGUAUACGGACCCGGAGAUGAACAUUGACGGAGACCUUCGCUUUGACGUCUACCAGAUGUCUUGA